GCGUCGCCGUGCUUGGAACAAUGAUCUUGAUCUUCCUCGGGCUAGUCGGAGUCCUGUGCGCGGGCGCAGGAGCGGGCGCGAGAGCGGGGGCGCGAGCGGGCGCGGACGAGAGCUGCUACUGGAACCGGCCCUGCCCCUACCUGCUGCACUCCACUAAGACCGCCUACGAGACCGUCCGCGGGGAUAUCAGGGACUAUCCUGACCCUGAAUCAUGUGAAGCAGUCAGCGUGUGGUCGCUGCACCGGCACGGAAACCGCAACCCCGGUUCUUCCUCCGUGGACAUGAAGCGGCUCAUCGACAUCGUGCAGCCACAGAUCCUCCAGGCAUUCCAGGAAGGACGCAGCCAACUCUGUGCCCAGGACAUCGAAGCUUUCCGCAACUGGACAUUCGAUGCCACGAUGAUUGAGGAGCAAGCGUACCUGACGGAGACCGGCUACCAGGAGCUGUCCGACAUUGGCAAGCGGCUGCGCGAGCGGUACCCCCACCUGGCACGCGGGACACCGCAAGAGUACUACCUGCGGCCCACCAACUCGCAGCGCACCAUCGCCAGCGUCCAGGGCUUCCUGGAAGGGUUCACCGAGGGCACGAACCUCAAUAUCACCUACGACGGACCUUUCGAGAGGGACGACGUCAUUAGGUCUUAUGCAAACUGCGACAAAUACCAGCAAGACAUUAAAAACGGACCUUCACGCAAAGAACAACUGGAAAUAUACGAAAAAACUGCCGAAUACGUAGCCGUCCAGAAAGCGGUUCAAGAGCGGCUAGGCAUCUCGUACCAGCUGACAGCGCCGGACGUGUACACGCUGUACGAGAUCUGCCGCUACCACCGCACGUGGUCACCAUCGCACCAGGACGCCUGGUGCGCCACGCUGUCCGACGCUGACCUCGUCGUGCUCGAGUACCGUGACGACGUGCGACACUACUAUAAGAACGGCUACGGCUCCUGGGUGAACGAGAGACUAGCGGGGCCGCUGCUGAAAGACCUACGCGUACGCAUGGAGGCAGCAGCAAACGGCACGGGACAACGGCUGGUGUCCUACUUCUCGCACAACGCCAUGACGGAGAUGGCGAUUGUGGCGCUAGGGUUGUUCCGUGACGCCGCGCCGGCCGCUGGCGCCACGCGCGACCCUAGCCGCACCUGGCGCACUAGCUUCAUCGGCGCGUUUUCCACUAAUAUGAUCGUCGUCUUAAAUAGAUGCACGGAAUCGGGCACGGCGACGCACCGUGUGCAGUUCUUCAUCAACGAGAAGCCGACGGAGCUGUGCCCGCUGGCGGGCUGCUCCUGGCAGCAGUUCCAGGAGCUGGUGGGCCACUUCGAGGACAGCCUGGAGUUCUGCAGCCUGGACUACCCCGAGCCGGGGCCCGCGCCCGGCGCCGCGCCGGCCCGCGCCGCCGCUCUGCUUGCUACGCUUGGCACGCUCGUGAUCUCGAUGUCUAAUGUUUUAUAAUUAAGUGUAUACAUAUGUGAUAUAGGAUAAGAUUAUAUUUAAGUCAAUUUAAGAAAAAAUUAAACCUUAAACUUUA